AUGAGGAAAAUUCUGCACUCGAAUAAGCUGAUCAAGGAGAAUGGAGAUAUGCUCAGGCGGAGGUUCCACGUGGGUGGGUACGCGAGCAGCGACACCUUCAACCCGAGUAUGGCUGCCUACAUUGAGGGAGCCUAUCAGACAUGGCGAAAAGACAGGAACUCGCUGCACCACUCAUGGGACCUCUACUUCGCGAAGAUGUCCGAAGAAGCGGGGCCUGUCGGGAGCACCUCCCCUCGCGUGCUGACCACGAAGGAGGAAGCAGAGAGGGAAGUUCGAAGCAGAAUAGGAGGGAAGCUACUCCCAAAUCGAAGCAAUAGCAAUCUUCGGAUCACCUACGUCAACAAUGAGAUGCUCGAUAAGGGGAGAAUGGGAAACAUCUACGACAUUGCCCGAAUAGUGCAGCUAAUCAGAUGGUACCAGAAGAAGGGUCACCUGUAUGCAAAGAUAAAUCCCCUCCCCUUGCCGAAUACGCCUCCAUACAGUAGCGUGGUGAAUGAAACGGAUAAGAAAAAAAUGAGCUACUCGGAUUUUGGGUUCACGAAGGAUGACCUAGAUGCAGAAUUUUCCUUCGACUUGCCAUCCAUUACUGGUUUUUCCAGUGAUCAAAAGGAGACUAGCACAUUGAGGAGUCUAAUAGACAGAUUGGAACAGACCUACUGUGGGACGAUCGGAUUCGAAUACAUGCACAUAACGGACGAGAGUGUUGUGAAUUACAUCGUAAAGAGGAUCGAAAAGGAUCGCAAGUUCCAAUAUGAUAACAAGGCGAAGAGAAAGAUCCUAGAGAACACAGCUAGAGCUUUUAUAUUCGAAAAUUACAUGGCCGCAAAGUUCGCUACUACGAAGCGGUUUGGAAUAGACGGAUGCGAGACGCUCAUUACGGGGAUGAAGGCCCUGAUCUCAAGAGCGGCGAUGGUACAUAUUGAUAGUGUCCUUAUGAGUAUGUCUCACCGAGGUCGACUGAAUGUCCUUUUUAACGUACUACACAAACCGCUAGAAAAUAUGAUGUCUGAAUUUAGGGGGAAGACAGGAUUCACGGACAACAUUUGGGGGAACACAGGUGAUGUGAAGUACCACUUGGGGGUCGAGAUUGAUCAUUUGGAUGAGGAGUCCAAUCGGUACAUCCACAUGGGGAUAGUAGAUAAUUCGUCUCAUCUCGAAUCGGUGGAUCCCAUUUUAAUGGGACAAGCUAGAGCACAACAAUACUACUGCAAUGAUAAGGAGAAGGAAAAGGUGCUACCGAUCACCAUCCAUGGAGAUGCCUCCAUCGCAGGACAAGGCAUCGCAUACGAGACCUUACAGAUGUCGAAACUACCCAGUUACGACGUCGGAGGGACCAUACACAUUGUCGUGAAUAACCAGAUUGGAUUUACCACGUACCCGGUGGAUGCAAGGUCGGGGAAGUACUGUACGGACAUCGCAAAAUGUAUCGACAUUCCGAUCAUCCACGUGAAUGCCGAUGACCCGGAGGCAGUAACAUACGUCUUCGAGUUAGCACUGGAUAUACGGAACAGGUUCCACAUCGACACAAUUAUCGACAUCGUUGGAUAUCGCCGAUUCGGACACAACGAGCUGGACAUGCCGAAAUUUACUAACCCGUUGCUCUACGAUAUAAUAACGAGGCAUGAAUCUGUCUUAGACCUCUACAGUAAGAAGCUAAUCCGCGAAGGAGUAAUCACUCAGGAGGAGUUUGAGCAAAACAAAACCGAUAUAUACAAUCUGUAUGAAGAAGUAUAUGAAAAAUCAAAGUCCUUUGUUCCGACCCCGAAGGAGAAAUACCUCCCACAGUGGGAACAUAUGGUAACUCCGCAGAAGUUUUCUCCCUCGAGAAAAACAGGAGUGGAAAAAAAGGUCCUCCUUGAUCUGGGGAAGCAAAUCUUCACCAUACGGGAGAACUUCCAUGCUCAUCCGAUUAUCACCAAAUUGUUUAAAGCACGUAUCGAUAGCCUAAACACAGGAAAGAACAUCGACUUCGGUACUGCAGAACUGCUAGCAUACGCAACAUUGUUAUCGGAUGGAUUUCAUGCUAGGCUCUCCGGACAGGAUUCCCAAAGAGGGACCUUCUCUCACCGGCAUGCAGUACUCCAUGAUCAGCUUACCUACGAAUCGUAUAACAUCUUCGAUGCUCUCAAAACACCACACAGUAUAGAAGUGAAUAAUUCCUUACUCUCCGAGUAUGCAGCUUUAGGCUUCGAAAUAGGGUAUAGCUAUGAACACCCAGAUGCACUAGUCGUCUGGGAAGCCCAGUUUGGUGAUUUUGCCAACGGGGCUCAAGUUAUGAUCGAUAAUUACAUAGCUUCGGGAGAGACCAAAUGGAAUAAGCAAUCCGGUAUAGUAAUGUUUCUCCCUCAUGGGUAUGAUGGACAGGGCCCUGAACAUUCUUCUGCUCGAAUUGAACGGUUUCUACAGCUCUGUGAUGAUAGAGAAGACAUCGCCACGUACUCGGUGGAGAAAGACAAAACGAUUAUACAACAACAUAACAUGCAGGUAAUUAACUGUACCAAGCCAUCCAAUCUAUUUCAUGCUCUGAGGAGACAAAUGCAUAGAUCCUUUAGGAAACCUCUCAUUGCAAUCACUCCAAAGAAGAUGCUCAAAAUGAGAAUGGCAUUUGAUAUAAUCGAAAAUUUUGUCACAUCGACGGAGUUCCUUCCUUACUUACCUGAACAACAAGCACACAAAUUAAACGCCAAGGAUGAUAUCAAACGGAUCAUCCUCUGCUCUGGACAAGUCUAUUACGAUCUUCUAAACUAUAGAGAGGCCAAUGAGAUUAAAAACAUUGCCAUAGCUACCAUUGAGCAGUUAUCUCCUUUUCCCUUUAAACAAUUCAUGCAGGAUUUACAGACUUAUCCAAAUUUGCGAGAUGUCAUUUGGGUUCAGGAAGAACACAUGAAUAUGGGUCCCUGGUUCUACGUCUCUCGACGUAUCGAGGCAGCCAUUCAGCAGCUCAAAAGGGACAAUCCCGAUUGGGACAUCGCUGUGAAGCAGGUCUUCUACUCUGGAAGGGACGUCUACGCUGCGCAGUCCGCCGGAGACCUCAACCUCCAUCUCUACCAGCUCGACGAGUUUCUGCUUGACGCGUUUAACCUGUCUAAGGCGCACCACAUGCACGCGCACAAGUACGCCGCGGUGGCGCAUGGGAGCGGCACGGUGGAAUAG